UAAGAGCCGUUUCUUUCGUAACCGACACAUCACUAUCUCCCACAAACUGUGGGCGUUUUUCCUUUUAAGCUUGACUCCAGAGUUUUUUUUCCACCCAUUGGGUGUUGUCUUACUUUUCCCAUAAUUUUGUAGUGUUCGCGUUUGAUAACACUUGAUUUAAUCCGUAAUUCAAACGCUGCCACAGCCACUUCAUUCUGUGGACGCUUUACUUUGUAAAGCAACACAGGACUUGUUGAUUUUCGACUGCCGUUAGCCGGCUAAGCUAAUUGAGCUGCAGCGGCUAGCAACACAACUCCUCGAUGCAGGCCAUUAAGUGUGUGGUAGUGGGUGAUGGGGCUGUGGGUAAAACAUGCCUGCUCAUCAGCUACACUACUAAUGCAUUCCCUGGAGAGUACAUCCCUACAGUCUUUGACAACUACUCUGCCAAUGUGAUGGUGGAUGGGAAGCCGGUGAACCUCGGGUUAUGGGAUACAGCGGGACAGGAGGACUACGACCGACUGAGGCCACUUUCCUACCCACAGACAGAUGUCUUCCUGAUUUGCUUCUCACUAGUCAGCCCCGCCUCUUUUGAAAAUGUUCGAGCUAAGUGGUACCCUGAGGUGAGACAUCACUGCCCCAACACCCCCAUCAUCCUGGUGGGCACCAAGCUCGACUUAAGAGACGACAAGGACACCAUCGAGAAGCUCAAGGAGAAGAAACUCACGCCCAUCAUCUACCCUCAGGGCUUGGCCAUGGCGAAAGAAAUAAGCGCUGUGAAGUAUCUCGAGUGUUCAGCUUUGACGCAGCGUGGCCUUAAGACGGUGUUUGACGAAGCCAUCCGGGCGGUCCUGUGCCCGCCGCCCGUCAAGAAAAGGAGGAGGAAGUGCAGAAUUUUGUAAAGGCAAGAGUACAGCUGCAGUCUGGCCCACUCAGAUGAAAGAGUUAGUUGGCUGUCAGCGUUCCUGGAAAUAUAUCUCUGCUCAUCAUAACGCUGAUGAGAUCAGAGGAGCUCCUUGUAAAUUCAGUUUUAGCUUGAUUUGUAGCGUCCAGUCAAUUCUGUUUUAAUUUCGGGAUUAUGAAGAAAGUGAGGAUUUUUACAGAAGUGAUUUUAUGAAGAAAUUCACCUUUAUACUGAAAUUCCUGCUGCCUUCAUGACAUCUAACUUUAUGAGAAGACAACUGAGAAUGUUUAAUAGCAAACCUUGACAGUUAAAAACGCAUGUGGUGGUAAAAACAACAUUUUAGGAUAAUAAUUUCCCGUUUGUUUCCAGUCAUUCUGGUUUUAGUGAUUGAAGGACCUUUUGUUUGCCCUCUAACACUAAAAUGUUUUCUUUUCCUUUUUGUUUUUACUUGCAGACAUACAUAAUGCAAACAACAUUAUGAAGGAACCGGUUUGAUAGUUGGAGUUAAACAUGUUUUUACUUGCAGACAUACAUAAUGCAAACAACAUUGUGAAGGAACCGGUUUGGUGGUUGGAGUUAAACAUGUUUUUACUUGCAGACAUACAUAAUGCAAACAACAUUAUGAAGGAACCGGUUUGAUAGUUGGAGUUAAACAUGUUUUUACUUGCAGACAUACAUAAUCCAAACAACAUUGUGAAGGAACCGGUUUGAUAGUUGGAGUUAAACAUGUUUUUACUUGCAGACAUACAUAAUCCAAACAACAUUGUGAAGGAACCGGUUUGGGAGUUGGACUUAAACAAACGACUUAAAAGUGUUGUACGCAUAAGAGUUCAGUAUUUCAACACUAAUUGAAAGUGUUUUUCAUUGCUAAGGUUCAGAUGUGCUCAGCUUGUAUUUGUUGUGAAUUUACUUUGUUGCUUUCCUGUGGUUAACAUUUUACAUUUCUCUUAAGAUUUUUUUAAAAUUAUUUUAAACUCUUGGUACUGUCAUGACAUUCAGAUAUUGCUGUGUUUCAUUAUCAGCCAGUGUGUGUCAUACAGUGUGAUAUCGUCAGCUGUAACAUUUAAACAGUUUUAUUUUCACUUGAGCAAUGGUCGAAUCUGAACUCAUUUUAACAGUGUUUCAGUGGUGCACACUUGCUUAAUAUGGUAUGAUUGUUUUUUAAGUAAAUAAAGACUUGAACAUUCAGUCCCGUUAUGAUGGUUUUAAUAAUUCAUUUGGCAUUCAAUGCAUUUAGCUUGUCUCGCAUAGGGACGAUUUUAAACCGCUUGGCUUGCUUUCCAUCGGUCAAACACCAACUUGGCACUCACUGCAUCCUCAACCCCCAUUCCUGGAAAAAGUUACACAUUAUCCUGUUAAAAGAAAACGGUGACUUGGUCACAUUUAAAGUGUCAGGUGUUGCUCACCAAGGGAUUUAAACACAGUUGUCUUCUCUCUGAGCGCAGCUUUUUUUCCAUUGAUAACUUCUCCGAGCUCUGCAAACACCUCAGCCUGACAAAAACAUGUUACUUUGUCCUCACAUGUAUACACUCGUUGAGCACUUCAUUAGGUGCACCUACCUACACUAUCAAAUACAAGUUGAAUUACAAGAGCUACAGUAUAUCAGAAAUCUGCCUUACAAACAAAUGUGCAAUUACAAUUCAUUAUGUUUAUACUGUAGUUGUGGUUGGUGUAUAGUUGUAGUGCUCUAAUACACUCUUGAUCUUACGUUUUAGAAUUUACAUUUUCCACCAUUGGAACAUAAGGAGUUUCUAAUUAGAGGUUCAAAAUGCAAAAAGAAACUCCCCUAAAAUAGAAAUAAAAUGUUCAAAAAAGGACUCAGUAAUGAUUAGCUGCGCCAUUCUUGUUAAUCACCUCAAAAAUGGGUUUGGGCAUGCUUGAUGCCAGUGUUUCCAGGAGGCACGUGGGAAUGGUGCUCCAGGUGGUGAAGAUGGCUUCACAGAGGGCAUCCACUGUCUGGAACGUCCCUUGCCAUCCAUCCCCAAAUGUUCUCAAUUGGAUUUAGAUCAGGGGAACACGCAGGAUGGUCCAAAAGAGUGAGUUUAUUACUCACUCUUUUAUUACUGGCUGGCGGGCAUUGUAAACUGCAGCGUUGUCCUGUACAAAAACCUAAUCGUUACUACACAGACGAGGGCCUUCAGUCAUAAGGGAUGUCCCUGCAACAUCUCCACAUAACCAGCUGCCGUUUGAUGCCCUGACACAACCUGCAGCGCCAUUGUUCCAUUGAAGGAAAAAGCACCCCAGAUCAUGAUGGCGCCCUCCACUGUACUGUGUGGAAAACAUCUCAGGUGGGAUCUCUUUGUCAUGCCAGUAACGUUGGAAGCCGUCAGGACUGCCAAGGUUACUAAAAUUUCUUCCAAUUUUCAACGUCCCAUGUUUGGUGCUCUUGUGCGAAUUGCAAAUGGGCAAUUUUAUGGUGUUGAAGGAGACGAGGUCUUUGAAGAAGUUGUCUGUUCCUAAAACCCUUUUCUCCCAGAUGCCGUCUGAUGGUUAUUGGAAGGCAUUCGGCACCAAUAACUUCCAUUUUGACCGAGGAUCGUGACUUUUUUUUUGGGUCUACCACUUGACUUUUUUGUUCCAUAACCCUCAGGAUCUUUGAAGGAGUUUACAUUGACUGUCUUACUGCAGCCAACCUCAGUAGCAAUGGCGUGCUGCGAGAGGCCUUACUUAUGCAGCUCAACAAUCCCACCGCACUCAAGGAGAGAAAGCCUUUGCCAUCAAGCGAUCAUGACAGUACGAAUACCUGACAGAAAAUUACAUUGAAGCCUUUUAAAGGCUGUGAUCUUUUGAUCAGCUGAUGAACAGCCGAUUUCACUUGAAUAAAUUGCUUACUAUAAUUUUUCGCACUCCCAUUUCUUCUUUUUGAAUUUUGAAGCUCUUAUUUAGGGACCAGCUUUGAGUACAAUGCAGUCCAGGUCUACAACCACAACAAACAUCAAAAUGAGCAUUAUUAUUUUUGACAAGGUACUAUUUGUCAUACAUUGGACCUCGUAUGUACAUUAAUGCCUUAAUUAAGUCGUUAGUCACUGACCCCAGAGAGGAUGAUGUCUCCAGACUCAGUCAUGGCUCCUUCCCUGCAGUCAGUAUAGAUCACCGCCUCCUUCAUCAGCACAUCAUCAAGUUCCCGCGAGGUUUCGUUGCAGGCUCCCACCGCUGCCCGGCAACAAGAAGUUGUUGAUUCCCUACAUGAACUUUGAGAGCAGUUGAAGCUCCUCACCUGCCACGUGGGCUCCUGGUUUGACCCACUGUCCAAAGAGCACCGGCUCUGAACUUGAGGUCACUGUCACUAUGACGUCAGCGCCCUUCACUGCCAUUUCCGCUGAGUCGCAGACGUUUACGGGUCCGCUGACUGAACUUUGAAACCUUUCCGUCCCUUGUUUUGUGUGGCCCCACACUCGCACCUUUUCAUGGAGAGCCAUGAACAUAAAUGAGCACUAUGAACAAAAUGUUAGCAGCUUUACAUUCCAGGCAGCCUCAAAUUAUAAGCGUUUGUUACUUUGUGUUCCAAACUGAAGAUUUAGCUGUUAUAUUGGGCUCAAACAUUAACAUAUUACAGCCAUUCAUGUUAAUGUUUGACUUGGGUGGUUAAAAAGGAUGCCUUUAAGAGUUUAGGUUUGUUGCUUGUGAGUUUUUAUGUCAAGGAAGAUUGAACAUUCAACUUUGGUACAAAUCUGGAUAAGGGUGCACAUUCCACCCCAGAAUGUAAAAGAACUUGUGGUUGACCACUGCAAAUGAUAAACAACCACUGGUGCCAAAUUA